GGUAGAGAGCCGUGUUCGCAUGCGCUGGCUGCUGCUGUGUGCCAUUUAGUUGCUAGCGGAAGCAAUCGCUCGACUUGUUGAAGCCUGUGAUCGAUUGUUUUCUCGUUUGAAUACCCAACCAUGGACAGUGUUGUCGCCCUCCCUGCACCUGAUACUCCCGCCGUCGCCCAAGAACUUACUGAAACCAACGGCCCAGACGGACCGUCCAGCAGCGAGAACGCGCUUGCUGCAGACAUGGACACCACCGACGACACUGCGCAGUCGACUGACCCUUCACAACCAGAGACGCCAGCACCAACUACCUUAGAGCCUGAGACUUCCCUCCAAAACAACGGGGAAGAAGCCGUGGCUGCCACCGAUGCUCCUACCGAUGCUCCUACCGCGGCAGAAGAAGCAGAAGAAUCAACCUCCGCACAGAAUCAAGACGCUCCGUCUGAUCCAGCCCCAGAGGCCACGGAGCAGCCUCCGCCACCGCCUCCCGAGGAGGACCCUGCCACCUGGGCAGACAUCGAGGAAGACACAUCCGCUCCUGAUGAAGAGGAGCUGAAGGAAAUCGAGGCUGGACGGGGUGAUUACAGUGCUCUCGAGUAUGAUUACUGGGAGAAAUCCUUUUACAGUGAUGUUGACGAUCCAGAAUACCAUGCAGCUGAAAAGGCUCGCUUGGCGUGGAAGAUCAAGGGUGUACGAGGCACCAAAGAGAAUCCCAACAGGGCCAAGGUCAUAUGUUCACCCCCUGCGUUCGUCGGAGGCUACUGGUGGACAAUCAAGUUUUUCCCCCGAGGGAAUGGCGUGAAUCAUUUGAGUAUCUACAUAGAAUGUUCGAAGGAAAUCCCCAAACCGGAUAACAAGAUGCCCGAAACCGAGUUUACAGUCCGCACUGGCGCUGCGGACGAGUACAUCCACAACAACCAACCACAAAUGGACAUCCAAAUCCCAGCUCUAGCCAAUACAAACGAGUGGUUUGAAAAUUACAAAAAGUGCUAUGCCUACACAGGCGCCAAUUGUGGGGCGUCGGAAUCCUCCGAUGAGAACAAGGAAGUCUGGCGAGUCUCAGCACAGAUCGGUGUCAUUUUGUACAACCCCAAAGAGCCCCGGACGGGCUGGAUGCAGUCCUCCUGUCACCAAUUCAACCCUCAUAAUGUGGACUGGGGCUGGACCAGCUUUCAUGGCCCCUGGGAUGAGAUCCAUAUUCGCCAGAAAGGCCAACGUCAGGCUCUGCUACGUGACGACACGUUAGCAUUUGACGCUUACAUUCGCGUCUUCGAUGACCCGACAAAGUCCCUCUGGUGGCAUGUCAGCGACUCGGAACCAGUUUGGGACAGUCUCUCCUUGACUGGCUAUCGAUCCAUGGGUGACACCGUCAUCAACCACAGCGCUGAGGUUGCUGGCCUCGCGGCGUGGAUUCACCUCGCCCCGUUUAGGAAGAUCAUCCAAAGCAUUGACGUUCAUGAGCAUCGACGUAACUCCAAUGUUAAGCCUCGCCCAUUCUGUGAGGCCCUGCAAGAAUUCUUGUGGCGUUUGGGUAGCCGGAGUGAUUCGGUACAAUGCGUCGACACCGACAAAGUAACAUCAACUCUGCGCAACUUGCAGGAGUUUUCUAGCGAUGUUAUAGAAUUUUGGGAGCGAGUGCGCCGCACACUUGAAUUGGAGCUCGAAGGUACCAGUGCCGCUGAAGAGCUGGCCCGCAUUUUCGACAGCCCACCUGUCUCUGCGAGUGAUCCGUCUGGAUCUAACGUGACCCGUACUCUUACACCAUCGCUCAUUUCCAGCAUCCGAAUCCCAGUCGAUAAGGAGAAGACCGUUGAAGGGGCCAUCACGCGGUACUUUGAAGAUCAGUCUGGAAAAUGGUGUCGGUGGUCGUUGCCUCCAGUGCUGCAUGUCGACUUCAACCGCCAACGUUUCGAUCACUCUUCUCGUCAGUGGAAGCUUUUGUAUAACAGGGUUAAUCUAGAUGAGACACUCGAUCUUUCCCAAUACACUGCCACCAACCAGUCCGGCGAAUACGAUCUCUAUGGGUUUAUCAUUCAUCGUGGCCGCCGUACAUCUGGAAAGUUCUUUAGCAUCUUGCGUCCUGGAGGUCCAAGUUCUAAAUGGCUUGCUUUUGACGAUGGCAGCCAUAACCGUGUUGAAUGCCUCACCCGAAAGGCAGCUUUAGAAGCACACGUUGGUCUUGAGGACAGCAAAUUGAAGGAUGCCAAUGAUAAGACAGGGCACGAUUUCGUUGUUGCGGCUUUGUAUGUCCGUCAUGAUGUUGUCGAUCAAUACCUUCCCGGCCCUCUUGAAAAAUGGGAGGUUGAACAGCCUCUACGCACCUAUUUCGAAACUGGGUCUUACCCAACUCCAGAUGAGUCGCCCGCGACCGAGCCCAAGCUAGAGCCUACCGUUCAGGUUGAGGUUUACGGUUUACCUAGUCUGAAUGAGAAUCUAGGAAGCAUUUUCGACACAUAUGAUUUGAUGGCCGAGGCCAAGCGUGCCAACAAUGCCAUGUACUUGACUUUACCCAAAAGCACUUCCCUGGUUGAUCUUCGCAAGAAGAUUGCUUUCUCAAAGUCAAAUGCAUCUGAGCAGAUCAACAACGAUCAGGUACGCCUGUGGAAGAUAGGACACACGAACAGAAUGGCCUUCGCCACUCUCCUCUUCGACCGCCAGGAAGAUCUCACCCAGCCACUGUCCCUACAAGAAUCGGGUGUGAUCCGUUUCUGGACUCAUAUACUUUCCGAGGAAGAAGCCAAAUCUUUCGGCAUACCAGAUCCAACACCCGUUAUAAAGGUUGUUGAAGACAAGCCUGAAGGCACCGUCGAGGUCCGUGAUGCCCCUGACUCAGAUGAGGAUCGGGCAGUUGCCGAAGGCUCUGGAACCACUGGGAACAACAACACACAGUCUCAGCCAGAUGUAAAUACUGCUACGCCUGCACCUCAAGUAGCUGAAGCUCUACCUAACGCUGAGGAGAAUCCCAUAGUGGAUGUGGCUAUGACGGAAGACGCCGCGAACGAAGCUGCUAUCGCUGCUGCGGUAGCCAGUGACCUUGAUCAGAUGGAUGUAGAAGCUACUACAAGCGCUGGGCAAGCAUCAGAAGAGAUCGAAAACCAGCAGGCACAAGACACGGUCAUGGAAGACUCGCCUCCACCGGAGUCUCAAGACUCUGGCUCUCAAUCCACCACUGAUACAUCCGGUGAAGCUUCAUCUGAGACCACCACACCUGCAGUUGUACUGCCUUCUCCCCAUUUGUACUACUUUAUCCAAAUAUUCGACAUUGAGAAGCAAGUCCUCAAGCCCGCUGGUGUAUAUAUUUCGCCCCUUGGUGUUAAUAUCAAGUCCGAAAUCCGUAGUCACCUUGGCUGGGAGGACAGCAAGGAUUUCCUGAUGUGGUCUCGCUUCGACGGUACAUCCAUCACAGCUCUAUCGCCCGGUGAAACCUUUUCGCACUCGCUCGGCGAUGGACAUUGCUUCAUUGUCGGCGAGAGGGUCAGCAAGGACCAACGCUCGAAACUUGGUGCCGCAGGUCUCUUUACGAACCCGGACCGCCUCAUUCAGUAUAUCUGGGCGUCUUCCCGCAGCCACCCAACCCGAGCCUUCACCGGCACCAAGACGAUUGAUGCAACCUUUAACGGUGAUUACUACAGCGGAGAAUUUAACAAGGGCUACUAUCACGGUAAAGGUACGCACAUUGCCGACAAUGGGACGACAUACACAGGCGACUUCACCUUUGGCCAGCGUAAUGGACAGGGCAAGAUGGAGUAUCCCUCCGGAGACACAUACGAUGGCGACUGGCUAGAAGACCAACGCCACGGGCAGGGAACAUUUAUCGAACGCAAAACCGGAAACAAAUACGUUGGUGGAUACAAAGACGGCAAGCGCCACGGUAAGGGAAUCAGCUAUUGGGAAGUGGCCGACGAAGAAAUGGAUCUCUGCCAGAUUUGUUACAGCGAGGAGCAAGACGCCCUCUUCUACGACUGCGGACAUGUCUGUGCUUGUGUGACUUGCGCACGCGAAGUUGAAAUCUGCCCGAUUUGCCGAAAGAGUGUUAUCAGGGUUGUCAAGAUAUACAAGAUGUAGACAGGCUUGUUUGGGUGAAUUUUCGGAAAAUAGACUACUAUGGCGUGCAUAUAUUUUGUUUUCAUCUUUCUUUUGAAUACCCAAAUUGCGUGGACAGGACUGCUCGUGCCAGCAGCAAGUACAGAACAGAACAGCAGGAGUUAGGAUUAUUGUCAGAUUAGACCGAAUUCAAUCGUUUGAUUUUC